AUGUCAAAGCGCCGCAUUCACGAGUUGAACUCUUUGAGAGUGAGCCUUCUGCGAGAUACCCUGGAACCGAAAAAGUCUCCCGGGUGCGGAUAUACCAGCAAAGUUCAUAUUCGAGAGAAAUAUCACAUUGUCGGAUUUAUUAGUAGUGGUACAUAUGGCCGAGUCUACAAGGCAAUCGGCAGAAAUAACCAAAAGCGCGAGUUUGCCAUUAAAAAAUUUAAACCCGACAAGGAAGGGGAAGUAAUUCAAUACACAGGUCUGUCCCAGUCGGCGAUUCGAGAAAUCGCGUUAUGUUCUGAGUUGUCACAUGCAAAUGUUGUCCAAUUGGAAGAAAUAAUUCUCGAGGAGAAGUGCAUCUUCAUGGUUUUUGAGUAUACCGAGCACGACCUACUGCAGAUUAUUCACCACCACACCCAGCCUCCACGACAUGCCAUCCCCGCUCCAAUGGUAAAGUCCAUUUUAUUCCAGCUUCUGAACGGCCUUCUCUAUCUCCACAGCAACUGGGUUUUACAUAGAGAUCUCAAACCUGCCAAUAUUCUAGUCACGUCGACUGGUGCUGUUCGAAUUGGUGAUCUCGGCCUCGCCCGUCUAUUUUACAAGCCUCUGAAUUCGCUUUUCUCAGGUGACAAAGUGGUGGUGACCAUUUGGUAUCGCGCCCCCGAAUUAUUACUUGGGAGUCGACAUUAUACACCCGCCAUUGAUAUCUGGGCAGUCGGCUGUAUAUUUGCUGAAUUGCUUUCGCUCCGUCCAAUAUUCAAAGGCGAAGAAGCCAAAAUGGAUGCCAAAAAGACUGUGCCGUUCCAACGGAACCAAAUGCUUAAAAUUAUUGAGAUAUUGGGUGUACCGAAAAAGGAUACUUGGCCCGGGCUUACAUCCAUGCCGGAAUAUGCACAGCUUCAGUCACUGGCCUUGACACGUGGCGGCAACCAACUGAACAAAACGUCUAACUUAGACGACUGGUACCACACCUGUGUCAAGUCAGCCGGAUAUCUGUCAUCACCGUCAGGCUCUCCCGGUCGAGAAGGAUUUGAUCUUCUCUCCCGCCUUUUGGAAUACGAUCCGGCAAAGCGGCUAACGGCAAAAGAGGCACUGGAACACCCAUAUUUCUCGACGGGUAGUCCUGUAGCAACAAACUGCUUUGAAGGUUUUGAGGGGAAGUAUCCUAAUCGGCGAGUUAGCCAGGAUGACAAUGAUAUUCGAACGAAUAGCUUACCAGGCACAAAAAAGAGUGGGCAACCUGAUGAUACAAGAGCGGUAAAACGAACUAAGGAAGGAUAA